UUUAGUAAGUCUUGAGAUAGUAACACAGGCUAUGGAAGUUUGUGGUUAGUAAUAUGUAUGAAAUUAUAAGAGUUUAUGCUAUAAAACGUCGCAAAGCAUUUAUAGUAUCAAAUUUAUUUAUUUGUUUUUGUAUUUAUACGAUAUCAAAUCCUUAUUAAAUUGUGAAAUACUAUAAUAGUAAUAAGAUUCAAAAUUUUCCUGAUAACUGAUAAGAAUAUUAAGGGAGAAAAAAAAAAGGUUAAAGAUGAUAUUACAUCGUUAACCGAAAGAAAGUUUGCAAGUGAAGAAUAAUAGAAGAAUAAUUGAAUACGUUAAGAAAACAUAAUAGUUACGAUUUGAGACAAUUAUCUAUGCACGUGUGAAUUGCGCGAGAUGGCAACUCCAACCAACGGUAACGGCAAUCUCGUCGAUGAGUUUGAAGAAGCUUUUCAGCAAUGCUUGAGCAUAUUGACAAAAGAUGAGGGAUUAGGCAAUAAUGGGAUUGGUAUAUCUAGUGGUGUAACAGUGGAUAAGGAUGAAGCUCGCACAGAAGUGGAACAAGUUACUUUGAGAUUUAUAGAUUUGGCCAGACAAAUGGAAGCCUUCUUCUUGCAAAAGAGAUUUUUAUUAUCUGUAUUAAAGCCUGAACUAGUAGUCAAAGAAGAUGUUAGUGACCUAAAGAUGGAAUUAACUCGUAAGGAAGAUCUUAUAAAGCGACACUAUGACAAAAUUGCUGUAUGGCAGAGUCUGUUAGCAGAUUUACAAGGAUGGGCCAAGUCUCCAGCCCAAGGACCACCAGCACCUAAUGGAUUACCUACUGGAGCUCAAAGUGGGCAAAAUCAACAGGCUGGGAAUGGCAGCAGUAAUACUACUAUGCAGCAGCAGCAACAACAGAUACUACAGCAUCAGCAGCAACUACAGCAGCAACAACAGUUGCAACACCUGCAGCAACACCAGAUGCAGCAGCAACAGUUACAUCAGCAACAGGUACAACAGGGCUCAAGUGGACCACCAUCGUCCGGUCUACAGGGAGUUGGCGUGUCAGUCAAUCAGCAGGGCAUGUUCAUGACUCAGGGUGGCGUGGGUGUAAGCGGUAGCAGGGGAGCCGCCGGAUUUCCGGUUGCAGGUGUUGGAAGUAGCGCUCUUCAGGGACCACUGGCCUUUUUAGAAAAGACCACGAGCAACAUAGGAAUGCCGGAAAGGCGGAGUUGACGCGGAAGGGGAAGGGGUCGGGGCCGGGGUCGUGGUAGAGGCCGAGGUAGAGGAAGAGGCGGCGGUGGUAGUCUACCGCCACCGCCACCGCUUCUCGAUCCCUCAGACCCAACGUCCUAUGCUGCUGCCGCUGCAGUUGCAGCCGCCGCGGCGGCGCCCCUUCCCUCUCCACAGCAACAACCUCCGCCUUGCACAUGAAUGUGUAAUAUAUGUGACGUUUCCAUUUGUUAUUUGGAGGAAAAAAGAGAUAGACAUAUACUCGGUAGCUUCAAAGUCCAGUGCUCCUGUUAUGGAGCUUAUGUUUGGAUUAUCACAAACUUGAAUCUGCAUCAGUUAGUAGUGAUAGUGGUUGGUGAUGGUGAUGGUGAUCAUGGUGGCGAUUAUCGGAUUACAUGGUGAUAAGCGUCUUCUCGAUUGCGUUAUGAAGACGAGUACGAUUAAUAUGUACAAAUUUAAGUGUCGUUGGUCGUCAUGAGCUCGUCUCAUCUUAACGAUGAGCACAGCAUUUUUAGCAAUGCCAGUUUUUACUAAUCUGGUUUCAAAUUGAUGUUACGAACAUUGUUUCGCAUUUUUUGAGGAAUGACUUUUACGUAUAUAAACGUUAUUUUAUAUUUUUCACUAGUCCCGAAAAUUUUGCGGCGCGGGCAAGUUUAUGCGAAAUGCGUAAAAUUGCACAACGUAGGGUAAAUAAAAUUAAAUAAUUUUAAUAGGUAUACAAUUUGUGAUUACAAACUCGAAAUGACGAAUUGUACAUAACGAUAUUGUUUAACUCUUUAUAGGGCAAGACUCCUUAGAUAUGACAAAUGAAUUUUUUCUUUUCAACUUUAUUAAAAUAGUCCUUAGAGAUAUUUUAAUAUCAUUUUUGAGACUGAAAAAAUUUUUUAUAAGAGAUCAAUCUCUUAUAAAAGUAUAACUGAAAGUAUAACUGUUGUACCAGUGCACAGUGGGCCGGAUGACCCGAAAUCGUGGCCAAAAACCAAGUAUGAAAUUAAAAUAAAAGAAACUGUUUAUCGUUUUGUAGACACUUCAGAGUAUUUAAAAAUCUAUUCUUACAUGUAUAUUCAUCAAUUAAGAUCAUUAUACCGUAUUUUGAAUUUAGGAAACUACACAAAAUUAGUAAGAGGAAGUAUAAUGCAUUAACUAAUGUAUUUUUGAAUAAUUUCAUAAUAUAUAGUUUUUGUUGAUAUUUUUGCAUUAAUAAAUGUUGAAACAUUACUAAAUAAAUGAAAUAGUUAUAAAUAAAUAUGUAGAUUUCAUAUAUCUGGUAUAAUUUAUUCACAUAUGAAUUGAUAUUUUGCAUGUGUGCGCGUUAUCAAUUCUCUCCACAUCUAAACUUUACACCGAAAUGAGAAAAAUGAGAUACCAUUUUAUUCGUUAAAAUGUGUACUUUAAGCUUGAUCUGCUCACUUCUGUUCGUUUUCAUCUUUUCCAAAAAUAUCGUCCUUAAAGCGCAUUCUUGCGACUUUCCGUCACUUCUACUUGCAUGAAGAUAUUCACUGCACUCAUUCAUUCAAGAACAUAUAUGGAGGGAAUUAGAAAAUUUUAACUAUUAUUGUUAAAGAUUCACUUUUGAACACGACCCAACAUCAUUGCGACCUCAUUGUCACCUCAUUUUUAUCACUUUAGUGUGAAGUUUAGGCGCGGAGAGAAUCGAUAACGCACGUACAUGAAAAAUAUCAAUUUAUGGAUGAAUAAAUUAUACCAGAUAUAUUAAAUCUACAUAUUUCUUUAUAGCUAAUUCAUUUAUUUACUAAUGUUUCAACAUUUAUUAACCAUUUCGCUAGCAUUGACACACUUUUGCGUCAAAUAAAGGAUGUACCAAAAAUUACAUUAACGCACUAAUGCGCAUAUCAUUUUAUUUUUUCCCGUUAGCAAGAUUUUCAUCAAACUCAAUAUCCAGGGGUUUUUGAGGUCGCUGAUUCCGAAUAUGAACUCGAAAUUUGAAAAGUUAAAAUGGCGGAUUUAAUAUGGCGAACCAAAAUGCGGAAAGUGACUUGAUUUUAAUAUAACCUAGUAUUCGGGAAUUUUUGGGAUCGCUACUCUUGAAUCUGAGAUUUAUUAAAUUCAAGGUGGCAGAUCCAAUAUGGCGGAUUAAAUGGAAAAGUGACUUGAUUUGGAUGAAACUCGGUACUCGGAGGUUUUUAAGGUCAUUGAUUUCGCAUCUGAGAUUAGUUUUGUCAAUUUGAACUUUCAAAUUUUGAUCUCAAAUUUGUAUUUAGCGACUCGAAAAGUACUUUAGUACUUUUUAUAAAAAUCAAGCAACAUUUUGAUGUUACCAUUUUUGGGUAAGUUGAUACUGAUUUUCUCUGCCAGCGAAGUGGUUAAUGCAAAAAUGCCAACAAAAACUGUAUAUUAAAAUUGUUUCUUAAAUACUUUAUUUUAAAUGCAACUAUUUGAAAUAUACCCUGAACUGUCUAUAUGCAAGGCUGCGUACAGAACAAAGUCCACCGCAUUCCUUGUGUGUUGGGUUGUCUUAGGCUUUUACGCGACAUAUUAGCCUUAGGAAGGUAAAGAUUAUAGGAAGUCCUGCCAUAACAGAAAAAGUAGUGAAAUAAUCUUGAAGAUUUAUUCUAUAGAUCAAUGGAUUCUAUUGAUCCCAUUGUAUGUACGAUGAGUACAAAGUCUCUAAGGGUCAUCUUUUCUCGGGAAUUAUCCUCAUUCCGGUCUAGAUGAGGACCUCGGGUCUGCAAAUCGCACUGCAUUCUCCAUACGGAAGACCCUGGAAAUUAUCGUAGCCAAAUCACAGGCAUUUUAAUGCAAUAAUAAAUUAAUUAUUUUUAAUAUAACUACGAUUAUAACUAUGAAUUUCUAAAUUUAGAUAUCAUAUUUGUAAUUAGCGAUCUCAAAACCCCCCGAGUAAAUCUUUAUAGCCGAAUCCGUCGUAUCUCACUUUUCGCCGCCAUAUUGAAUCCACCAUUUUGAAUGUUGUAAUUUUGAUCACAAAUUCGUAAUUAGUGACCUCAAAAACACCACGAAAACUCCCGCGUCAAACUUUAUAGUCCAAUCAUUUAAUGAAUUUUCGAAUUUUGGCCACGAUAUCGGGUUACCUGGCCCACUGUGCAGUGACCAUUCAGGGAAAGCGUUUAGAACCACUCCCGAUUUUUUCGGUUAAUUCUAUGCUGUUGGUACGACUUAUGUACCAGUGCCCUAUAAAAAGUUAAAGCAAGCAUCGUAAUACGUUUAAUUGUACAUAGAGGUAAGGGUGUCACUUUUUAUUUCUUUAUGUCAUGUCUGUGUUUAUUAAACAUCAAUAUCCUUAAUCACGUUUAUAUUUUAAACUAUAUUGCAUUUGCAAUGCUUUUGAAUAUCUAUUAAAUGUACUGUUCGAGCGAUAACAAUAAAAUAUAUAUUGUCAUAACUAUGCAAAAUCAAAACAUACAUUACAAUAUGCUGAUUCAUAUAUGUGCUUGAUUAAUUUAUAUCCAUGUUCUACAGAAUUUCAGAAAAAAAGAUAAAGAAAAGCAUUAGAGAAGCACUAGAAUAGCAUUAGACUAUCAAUAAAUGCAUGUGGCAUUUUUUUACCGCA